CUGGUCUUUCAUUGGUGUUCGUGGAGACGCCCUCACAUUCUUGGAUCAGCCCAAAGCAAGGCUCAGGCUCCGACGGUGGCCGGCGGGGGUCACGAGGCUUCGUAGUGGAGGGACGGGUUUGGCGUGUGGGACGCAGCUGCCUCUGCGCUGGGGAGUUGCGGAGUGGCCGGGCUCCAGGGACAUGGCGGCGGCCUCUGCGGUGUCGGUGCUGCUGGUGGCGGCAGAGAGGAACCGGUGGCAUCGUCUCCCGAGCCUGCUCCUGCCGCCGAGGACAUGGGUGUGGAGGCAAAGAACCAUGAAGUACACAACAACCACAGGAAGAAACAUUACCAAGGUCCUCAUUGCAAACAGAGGAGAAAUUGCCUGCAGGGUGAUGCGCACAGCCAAAAAACUGGGUGUACAGACUGUGGCGGUUUAUAGUGAGGCUGACAGAAAUUCCAUGCAUGUAGAUAUGGCAGAUGAAGCAUAUUCCAUCGGCCCUGCUCCCUCCCAGCAGAGCUACCUAUCUAUGGAGAAAAUCAUUCAAGUGGCCAAGACCUCUGCUGCACAGGCUAUCCAUCCAGGAUAUGGUUUUCUUUCAGAAAACAUGGAAUUUGCUGAACUUUGUAAGCAAGAAGGAAUUAUUUUUAUAGGCCCUCCUCCAUCUGCAAUUAGAGACAUGGGUAUAAAGAGCACAUCCAAAUCCAUAAUGGCUGCUGCUGGAGUACCUGUUGUGGAGGGUUAUCAUGGUGAGGACCAAUCAGACCAGUGCCUGAAGGAACACGCCGGGAGAAUUGGCUAUCCUGUCAUGAUUAAAGCUGUCCGGGGUGGAGGAGGAAAAGGAAUGAGGAUUGUUAGAUCAGAACAAGAAUUUCAAGAACAGUUAGAGUCAGUGCGGAGAGAAGCUAAGAAGUCUUUCAAUGAUGAUGUUGUGUUGAUCGAGAAGUUUGUAGACACACCGAGGCAUGUAGAAGUGCAGGUGUUUGGUGAUCACCAUGGCAAUGCUGUGUACUUGUUUGAAAGAGACUGUAGUGUGCAGAGGCGACAUCAGAAGAUCAUUGAGGAGGCCCCAGCGCCUGGUAUUAAACCUGAAGUAAGAAAAAAGCUGGGAGAAGCUGCAGUCAGAGCUGCUAAAGCUGUAAAUUAUGUUGGAGCAGGGACUGUGGAGUUUAUUAUGGACUCAAAACAUAAUUUCUAUUUCAUGGAGAUGAAUACAAGGCUGCAAGUGGAACAUCCUGUUACUGAGAUGAUCACAGGAACUGACUUGGUGGAGUGGCAGCUUAGAAUUGCAGCAGGAGAGAAGAUUCCUUUGAGCCAGGAAGAAAUAACUCUGCAGGGCCAUGCCUUCGAAGCUAGAAUAUAUGCAGAAGAUCCUAGCAAUAACUUCAUGCCUGGGGCUGGCCCAUUAGUGCACCUCUCUACUCCUCGAGCAGACCCUUCCACCAGGAUUGAAACUGGAGUACGGCAAGGAGACGAAGUUUCCGUGCAUUAUGACCCCAUGAUUGCGAAGCUGGUCGUGUGGGCUGCAGAUCGCCAGGCGGCAUUGACAAAACUGAGGUACAGCCUUCGUCAGUACAAUAUUGUUGGACUGCACACCAACAUUGACUUCUUACUCAACCUGUCUGGCCACCCAGAGUUUGAAGCUGGGAACGUCCACACCGAUUUCAUCCCUCAACACCACAAACAGUUGUUGCUCAGUCGGAAGGCUGCAGCCAAAGAGUCUUUAUGCCAGGCAGCCCUGGGUCUCAUCCUCAAGGAGAAAGCCAUGACUGACACUUUCACUCUUCAGGCACAUGAUCAAUUCUCUCCAUUUUCGUCUAGCAGUGGAAGAAGACUGAAUAUCUCUUAUACCAGAAACAUGACUCUUAAAGAUGGUAAAAACAAUGUAGCCAUAGCUGUAACGUAUAACCGUGAUGGGUCUUAUAGCAUGCAGAUUGAAGAUAAAACUUUCCAAGUCCUUGGUGAUCUUUACAGCGAGGGAGACUGCACUUACCUGAAAUGUUCUGUUAAUGGAGUUGCUAGUAAAGCGAAGCUGAUUAUCCUGGAAAACACUAUUUACCUAUUUUCCAAGGAAGGAAGUAUUGAGAUUGACAUUCCAGUCCCCAAGUACUUAUCUUCUGUGAGCUUACAAGGAACUCAGGGAGGCCCCUUAGCUCCUAUGACUGGAACCAUUGAAAAGGUGUUUGUCAAAGCUGGAGACAAAGUGAAAGCGGGAGAUUUCAUCAUGGUUAUGAUCGCCAUGAAGAUGGAGCAUACCAUAAAGGCUCCAAAGGAUGGCACAAUAAAGAAAGUGUUCUACAGAGAAGGUGCUCAGGCUGACAGACACACUCCUUUAGUCGAGUUUGAGGAGGAAGAAUCAGACAAAAGGGAAUUGGAAUAAACUCCAGCAAGGAAAUGGCCAAUUAAGUAGUGUCUUCUCUCUCCACCAAAAAGAGGAAGUGCCUCCAGCUUUUCUCGGGGUCUCAUAAAGAGCAGUUUUACUAAAUGAUUUGUAUGCUUGUGCUGAACACCUUUCAUAUUGGAGAAUCAUGCAUUUGGGUCACAAAUAUAAUAAAUUAUCUCAAAAUAUUUCAUACUAAUAAAGUUGAAUUAUUUUUUAUUGGAAGCCAA